AUGAAUUCGAGGCUCACAAACAGUGAGUUUCCAGGCAAGUUUCCAAUUAUCUUGCCACCGAAGCACAAGGUUACUAGGCUGUUGAUUAUGGAAUCUCAUGAGCGCCAUCUGCAUUGUGGGCGUGAGCAAGUAUUGAAUGAUUUGCGUUUGAGAUUCUAUAUUCCACAGAUGAGAGCAGCUGUGAGGAAGGCCUGGAAUGAUUGCCAGUAUUGUCGAAACCGAAGGGCUCAGGUUUCGAUCCCAGAGAUGGCUCCACUACCUGAAGCGAGAGUGAGUGAACAUCUUCAUGCAUUCACUCACACUGGAAUGGACUACUUCGGCCCACUUUACGUAACUGUGGGUAGACGUAGAGAGAAGAGAUGGGGUGUUAUAUUCACGUGUAUGGCCAGCCGUGCUGUACAUCUUGAGAUUGCCUAUUCCCUUACUACUGAUAGUGCAAUUAUGGCUAUAAGAAGAUUUUUGUGUCGCCGUGGCCCAGUGCGACACAUUUACUGUGACAACGGGACGAAUCUCAGAGGUGCAAGUGUAGAGAUGAGAACAGCCGUUGAAUCCAUAGAUGACAACAAAGUGAGGGAAGAUUUGCUCCGAAAGAUGAUAGAGUUCCACUUUAUCCCCCCAGCUGCUCCGCAUAUGGGGGGGAGCUGGGAACGCUUGAUUCGAUCAGUCAAGAACAGUCUUGAUGUGAUCCUGAAGGAACAAUUUCCGACAGAUGAGGUACUGCAGACGCUAUUCACCGAGAUUGAGGGGAUACUCAACAAUCGCCCUCUGACUCACGUCUCGGUAGACCCAGAUGAUCAAACAGCAUUAACCCCUAAUCAUUUGCUCCAUGGGGGAGCAUUGGACAAUACACAACCUGGUGAGUUCACGGACCGUGACAUGAUUUUGCGUAAGGCUUGGCGCAAAUCCCAGAGGCUUGCAGACAUGUUUUGGAAGCGAUGGUCGAGGGAAUAUCUCCCUCAAUUGGCGAAACGCUCGAAGUGGCACGACCAAGGACGUCAGAUUCAAGUUGGGGACGUCGUAUUGGUUACUGAUGAGAAUGGGCCUAGGAGCCAAUGGCCACUUGCAAUAGUUAUCGAAGUACGGCCUGGGAAAGAUGGGAAAAUUCGAACUGUGGUAGUACAGACGACCAAAGGGAAGUACUGCCGCCCAGUGACAAAGAUAGUGCCUCUUGAUGUGGGUGCGGACCGCACCGAGGGGGAGUGUGAAAUAUUUGAUUGA